AUGGCGCCAUCCUCAGGCUUUUCUGAGAACAAUUCACCCCGGUUGAUUGACUACAUUGUGUUUGUUGGACAAAAGUGCCCUAGUCGUAAUGGCAGAGCUAUUUCCCAACCUGAAUUACUGAGAGUUUAUCCUCCUCAGAACCAUCCUGACUUUGCACUUCCAACCGACAUAGUUUAUUUUUGUCAACCAGAAGGCUGUUAUAACACAUCGUCAAGGUCAUUUAUCCUGGACCCUCGUCAUUCAGGGGGUCGUCUACCCCAAAAUAUCAAAAUGGAAUUCUUCACAUUUAUGCUGACGGAUAAAGACUCGAAUUUAGCACGCUUUGGCGUGUGCUUGAACUUUCUCCGACCGAUUGGUCGUCGGAAAUCAAGUUAUACUGCUGACGUAGCUCGCCGACGCAUUGCCUCAUUCAAAAGUGCGCUUCAGCAUCCAGAGUUGAAGGUCGAAAACAAUCGACUACGUAGUUGCGACGACUUUUGGGAUUCAAGUUCUUCAUCAGCUUCUUCUGAGUUUGUCGGAAGUCAAACUAUUGACAAACCUGAGCGCCCUUAUACACACACUCUGACCUCAAUUUGCUUGGUGUCCCGUUAUCAAUUCUUCAAAAAGUUUGGAAGUUGCUUACGAUUCCUUUACGUUCUCAUACAAAAGCUGCAUGAAGGGUGCAAGCCACGGCGUUCGGGAAGACAAACGGUUUGGUCGGUUUUGACCGGUGCCAUUGAGUCACCGGCAUUACUAACUGUACGAAAAAGUGUAGAAGAAAUUGAUACAUGGAUUCUUCGGCUCUUAAGUGUACCUGCUCCGAUAGCUGGAAAAACUGCUGUAUAUGCUUACUUACAGCCACUAGAAUUCACUCCUCCACUAGUCUUUGCACUUCCGGAUGAAAACAGAUUCUCCUUGGCGGAUUAUUCUUUAUGCCUGCCCCUUCGAUUAUUGGGUGUCGAGAAAUUUCUCAAGGUUGUUUUGGAGUCCUCGCAUCACGAUCGAUUGACUACCUGUGUGAUGGCUUUUACAGCCCUCUGCUAUCCUCUGCAGUACCUUUUCGCAGUCAUUCCAUUGUUACCCUCUUCCCUGAAGGGUGCUGAACAGCUUCUGCAAGCUCCAUCUCCAUAUAUUAUUGGCUUACCGCGAAACUUUCGGGACUCACGUCUCUCCUUCCAUCUUCCCAAGGACGUCCUUCUCGUCGAUUUGGAUACACAAGAACUCUAUGGCCAAGGCGCCCAAGAUCCCAUACCAAAAUUACCUCAGAAUGAGGAAAAGAAGCUGAUUUCUCAGUUAAACAGGGUUCUGGAAAGACUAAAUGGACUCAAGGGAGGAUCGGUGGAGGAGAAGGAAAUGAGAAGUCCAAGUGAUCGCACUUCCAUCUCCGAUCUCAAUUCCUUCGAAUCGCCGUUUCACGAUCUCGAUGAGGAGUCACUAAAUCUGGCACUCCGCGUUGUUAUGGUCAUGUUCUUCAAAUCGCCGAACGUCUUGGGUGGAUUCAGAGAGUACACAAGAACGGUGCGUAUCUACCCUCGACCUGUGGUUGCAUUUCAGUACGAGCGGUUCAUGAAGUCACGACCUGAGCCUUCCCCCUUCACUGUUGUUCUUGCCAAAACACAGGCGGUGGAGUACUUUGCGGAGUGGAUUUUGAUCCCAGACAACCUGGUGUACCAAAAGCUGGACGAUGAAUCUCUGCUUCUAGUGGAAAUUGGAGACAAGGACAAAUGGUUCAGCGACACCCUCUACACAAUCCCCUUCCACCUGUGGACAGAGCGAUUCGACAGGGGGCUGUUGAGACCCGUGGUGGAGCUAUUCUUUUCCUCUACGCAACACAACAAUGUCUUACCUGAGUGGUCCGUCAACAAACAGUUGAUGAUCAAACCCUCUCCCUCUGCAAUCCUCUCUUCCACCUCGGGAGCUUGUGAAAUUAUCACAACAAGUGGUUCAGACACACCAACAGAUGUGAGCGCAAGCAAUGGUAAUAGUUCUGCGGAUACGGAUGCUGAACCAACUAGCGAUGUGGGAUCUGGGAAAGAGAUUUCCGACAAGCCUCAGAGAAGUGGUGGCAGAGAUAGAGAAGAAACGUUAUUCAGCUCUGUGACGCUCUCAACUCCAGAAAAUGUGGAGUGCAUGCAAUUUGGCAAGGAGUUGCCUUCAAAUUUGCGUGUCUACUACUCUCCUCCCACAUCCUUCGUCAUUCAUAACUCGAAUUCGCAGCCCUCUGCUACCACGCCUUCACUCUCACCUCAGUCUUCAAGAGCGGCAUCGAUGAUCAAUUUCUGUCUCAUACAGGAAUCUGACUCUUCACAGAUGAAGGUUAUUCCACAACUGUGGCACCUGUGGCACUCACAAAGUCGUCGCAAAGCAUGCCAGCUGGAAGAAGCUUUGUUGUAA